AUGGUAGUAGAUCACAAAAAACUACCAUCCCAUUUUAUCGGUGGAAACUCUAUUGAUAAGGCUCCUCAAGGCCCUGUCAGAGACUUUGUUAUCGCUAAUGAAGGCCAUACAGUCAUUACAAAAAUUCUUAUUGCGAACAAUGGUAUGGCCGCUAUGAAAGAAAUUAGAUCAGUUCGUAAAUGGGCCUAUGAAACUUUCGGUGAUGAGCGUGCCAUUGAAUUCACUGUCAUGGCGACUCCAGAAGAUCUAAAGGCAAAUGCGGAAUAUAUUCGUAUGGCUGACAAUUAUGUUGAAGUUCCUGGUGGUACAAACAACAACAAUUAUGCAAAUGUUGAACUUAUUGUCGAUGUUGCUGAAAGAACCGCUGUACAUGCUGUGUGGGCUGGUUGGGGUCAUGCAUCAGAAAAUCCUCGUUUGCCUGAAAUGCUCGCAAAGUCAAAGUAUAAGUGUCUUUUCAUUGGUCCUCCAGCUUCAGCUAUGCACUCAUUAGGUGAUAAAAUCUCAUCUACCAUCGUUGCUCAAAGCGCUGACGUUCCUACCAUGGGUUGGAGUGGUGAUGGCAUUAUUGAAACAGUGAAGGAUACAGAUGGGCAUGUUACCGUGCCGGAUUCAGCUUAUAAAAAAGCUUGUGUUACUACUGCUGAAGAAGGUUUGGUAGCAGCAGAGAAGAUUGGAUAUCCUGUAAUGAUUAAGGCGUCCGAAGGUGGUGGUGGUAAAGGUAUUCGUAAGGUGGACAAUGCCGAACAAUUUCCUAGUUGUUUUGCACAGGUCCAAGGUGAAAUUCCUGGAUCACCCAUUUUUAUUAUGAAAUUAGCUGGCAAUGCUAGACAUUUGGAAGUACAACUUUUAGCUGAUGAGUACGGUAAUGCUAUCAGUUUGUUUGGAAGAGAUUGUUCAGUGCAACGUCGUCAUCAAAAAAUUAUUGAAGAGGCUCCAGUCACCAUUGCUAAACCGGAAAUAUUUGAACAAAUGGAGAAGGCUGCUGUACGUCUUGCUAAAUUAGUAGGUUACGUGUCAGCAGGUACUGUUGAGUACCUGUACAGCCAUUACGAGGAAAAGUUCUAUUUCUUGGAACUGAAUCCUAGAUUGCAAGUAGAGCAUCCUACUACAGAAAUGGUAUCAGGAGUCAAUUUACCAGCCGCUCAACUUCAAGUCGCUAUGGGUAUCCCUCUUCAUCGUAUUAGGGACAUUCGCGUUCUUUAUGGCGUUCAACCCAAUAGCGCAUCUGAAAUCGAUUUUGAUUUUGCUCACCCUACCUCUCUUCAGAGUCACCGUCGUCCUACACCCAGAGGCCAUGUAAUUGCUGUCCGUAUUACGGCAGAGAAUCCUGAUGCUGGCUUUAAACCAUCCUCUGGUAUAAUGCAGGAACUCAAUUUCCGUUCAAGUACCAAUGUCUGGGGUUAUUUCUCAGUUGUGUCGUCGGGCGGGCUUCACGAAUACGCAGACUCUCAAUUCGGUCAUAUUUUCUCAUAUGGUGAAAACCGUCAACAAGCACGUAAAAAUAUGGUUAUUGCUUUGAAGGAGCUUUCCAUUCGUGGCGAUUUCAGAACGACAGUCGAAUAUAUUAUCCGUCUUUUAGAAACAGAGGAGUUUGCCGAAAAUACAAUCAAUACUGGAUGGUUAGAUAUGCUUAUCUCAAAGAAACUUACAGCCGAACGACCUGAUACCAAUCUUGCCAUAUUUUGUGGCGCUGUCACUAAAGCUCACAGACUUUCAAUUGAGAGUUGGAAUGACGUCAAACAGUAUCUUGAAAGAGGACAAGUCCCCAGCAAAGACGCCCUUAAAACAGUCUUCACCAUAGAUUUUAUUUACGAGAAUGUUCGCUAUAAUUUCACUGUUACUCGUUCGGCGCCUGGAAUCUAUACUUUAUACCUCAACGGCACGAAGACUCAAGUAGGCGUACGCGAUCUUUCCGAUGGUGGGUUAUUAAUUUCUCUCGAUGGUAAAUCACACACAACCUACUCAAGAGAAGAAGUCCAAGCCACUCGUUUGAUGAUCGAUGGUAAGACUUGUCUGCUGGAAAAGGAAAGCGAUCCUACUCAAUUGAGAAGUCCUUCUCCCGGUAAAUUGGUCAAUUUACUGUUGGAUAACGGCGACCACGUUAAAGCUGGACAGGCAUAUGCUGAGAUUGAGGUUAUGAAAAUGUAUAUGCCUUUAGUUGCUACUGAAGACGGCCAUGUACAAUAUAUCAAGCAAGUUGGUGCUACCCUCGAAGCCGGUGAUAUUAUCGGUAUUUUGGCUCUUGAUGACCCUAGUAGAGUUAAACAUGCUCUUCCUUUCACUGGUCAGGUUCCUGAGUUCCUCCCACCUUACAUAUAUGGUGAAAAGCCUAAUCAAAAGCUCAAAGCGGCCAAGCAAUCCCUUGAUUACAUUAUGCAAGGUUAUGAUAAUCAAGCACUUGCACAGACUUCUCUAAAGGAAAUGACAGAGAUUCUUCGUGAUCCAAAUCUUCCUUAUUCAGAAAUGACAUCAGAAAUGUCUGUCCUUUCUGGUCGUAUGCCUGCUCGUUUAGAAGAUGCUUUACAGAAGCUACUGCAGAAUUAUGAGCAAAAGGGUGCACCUUUCCCAGUCAAAGAAAUUAAUAAUUUAAUCGAAGACUUUGCUACAAAUAACAUCCAUUCUCAAUCAGAUCUCAUAGCCUACAAAAACUCUCUCCAACCUAUCACCCAUCUUCUAGACCAGUACAAAGAUGGCCUCAAGUAUCAUGAAUACUCUACUUAUGUUGAUUUAAUGGAACAAUAUUACGAUGUUGAAAUUCUAUUCAGCGGACAAAAUCGUCAAGAAGAAGUCAUUCUUCAGCUACGUGACCAAAAUAAGGAUGAUCUGAACAAGGUUGUCUCCAUUAUUUUGUCGCAUUCCAAGGUAGCAAGCAAGAAUAACCUCGUAUUAAUGAUCCUCAACAUUAUCCAUCCUUCAUCUGUUGGCGGUACUCUUGAUAAGUAUUUCUUAUCCAUCCUUAAACGAUUAGCUGAAAUUGACAGUCGCGCCACUCAAAAAGUGGCUCUUAAAGCUCGCGAAUUGUUGAUUCUUUGUCAACUUCCCUCUUACGAGGAACGUCAAGCUCAAAUGUACCAGAUUCUCCAAAAUUCAGUUACUGAAAGAGUCUAUGGUGGUGGAAUUGAACAUCGUACACCCAACCCUGAGUUCUAUAAGGACUUGAUUGAUACCAAAUUUAACGUGUUUGACGUUUUACCAAACUUUUUCUUCAGUAACGAACUUUAUAUCUCACUCGCUGCCGUCGAAGUGUACAUCCGCCGUUCGUACCAUGCUUAUAAAAUCUUGGAUACUGCGUAUAAUCUUGAUGAAGCUCCUUUUAUUCUCGCAUGGAAGUUUAUUUUGGGCAACUCUCCCACUCACCUCGAUGAUGAUAAACGUAUCGCUUCUUAUUCUGAUUUAACUUUCUUGUUGAAUAAGACUGAACCUGAACCUAUUCGUACUGGUGCUAUGACCGCCGUUCGUUCAUUAGACGAACUGAUUACUCAGUUGCCCCGUUUAUUGAGUGCGUUUGCUGACAGUGCUAAUACUAAGAAGGGUGGUCGUAUGCAGAAUAUUCUGAAUAUUGCUCUACAAAGUAGUAAAGACCUUGACAAUGAUUACUGGCGACCUAAGAUUAAGGAGUUCGUCAAGUGCCAUGUUGAUAAAUUCAGGGAAGCUCACUUACGUCGUAUAUCUGUUAUUGUCUGUCGCCCUGAUCAAUGGCCCGAUUAUUACACUUUCCGUGAAAGUCAAGAUUACGAAGAAGAUGAAACCAUCCGUCAUAUCGAACCAGCUAUGGCUUAUCAGUUGGAAUUGGCUCGUCUUUCAAACUUCAACAUCCAGCCUGUUACUAUCGAGACAAGACAACUUUAUGUCUAUUAUGCUGUAGCUAAAGAAAACCCUUCUGAUUGUCGAUUCUUCAUCCGGGCUUUGGUUCGUCCUGGUCGAGUCAAGGAUUCUAUGCGUACCGCGGAUUAUCUCAUCUCUGAAAGUGAUCGUCUCUUGAAGGAAAUUUUGGAUACUUUGGAAAUUGUAUCUCAAGAGUACAAAAACUCUGACUGUAACCAUCUUUUCAUCAACUUCAUUCCUACUUUCGCUAUUGAAACCAACGAGGUGGAGCAAGCUCUCACUGACUUUAUUGAUCGACAUGGCAAGCGUCUUUGGAAGCUUCGAGUGACUGGUGGUGAGAUUCGCUUUAAUAUCCAGCCUAAGGCUUCUAGUCAAGCUCCUAUCCCUAUCCGUUUUGUUAUCGAUAAUGUUUCGGGUUUCGUCUUGAAGGUGGAUGUCUAUCAAGAAAUCAAAACAGAAAAAGAUAGCUGGGUUCUCAAGUCCCUCACCCGUGUUGCAGGUCACAUGAACAUGUUGCCUGUUUCAACUCCUUAUCCCACCAAAGAGUGGCUUCAACCACGACGUUACAAAGCGCAUCUCAUGGGUACAACCUAUGUUUAUGAUUUCCCAGAACUUUUCCGUCAAGCCACUCAAAACCAAUGGAACCAAUAUUUACGUGGUAAGAAGAGUACCAAUGAAAUGAAGAAACUACCUUCACAGCUUAUGGAAGCCACAGAAUUGGUACUGGAUGAAGAUACAAACGAACUUCGUGAACAAAUUCGUGCUCCAGGCACCAACAAUGUGGGUAUGGUUGCUUGGAUUGUCACUCUUCGAACACCAGAAUAUCCUGAAGGCCGUCGUAUUAUUGUCAUUGCUAAUGAUAUCACUUUCAAGAUUGGUUCCUUUGGUGUUGCUGAAGAUACAGUCUUUUACAAGGCCUCCGAAUUGGCUCGUAAGUUAGGUAUUCCUCGUAUCUAUCUUUCUGCUAAUUCGGGUGCUCGUAUUGGCCUUGCUGAAGAAUUGAUGAAUAAAUUUAACGUUGCUUGGAAUGAACCCGGUAACCCCUCUUCUGGUUUCAAAUAUCUAUAUGUCACUCCCGAAGUUUAUAAUCUUGUAAAUUCUGAUGGCAAACAAAGCGUUAUUGGCGAGGAAAUUCAAGAUGAAGGAGAAACAAGAUACCGCAUCACAGACGUCGUCGGCUUGAUGGACGGCUUGGGUGUCGAAAACUUGAGGGGUUCAGGUCUUAUCGCUGGUGCUACUUCCCGUGCUUACGACGAUAUCUUUACUAUUACUUUAGUCACUUGUCGUUCCGUUGGUAUCGGUGCUUAUCUUGUUCGUUUGGGUCAACGUACUGUUCAAAAUGAAGGCCAACCGAUCAUCUUAACUGGCGCCCCAGCUUUAAAUAAGGUGUUGGGUCGUGAAGUCUACACCUCUAAUUUACAAUUAGGUGGUACUCAAAUCAUGUAUAAGAAUGGUGUAUCUCAUCUGACAGCCGAAAAUGACCUUGAAGGUAUUGAUAAAAUUAUCAAAUGGCUUGGUUACGUUCCUGCCUAUCGUGGCGCUUCUGUCCCAAUGAUUCUAAGUUCAGAUCCUGUCGAUCGUGAAAUUGAAUACAUCCCUCCCAGGGGCCCUAGUGAUCCCAGACUUUUCUUGGCUGGUAAAUAUCAAGACGAUAAAUGGGUCAGCGGUUUCUUCGAUGAAGGUUCCUUCACAGAAACACUUUGCGGUUGGGCUCGUACUGUUGUCGUUGGUCGUGCAAGACUCGGUGGUAUUCCUAUGGGCGUUAUUGCUGUAGAAUCUCGUACUGUUGAAAAUAUUGUACCUGCUGAUCCAGCCAAUGCCGAUUCAACAGAACAAGUCUUCAUGGAAGCUGGUGGUGUUUGGUUCCCCAACUCUGCUUUUAAGACAGCGCAAGCUAUCAACGAUUUCAAUAAGGGAGAACAAUUACCCCUGAUAAUCUUUGCUAACUGGCGUGGUUUCUCAGGCGGCCAACGUGAUAUGUAUAAUGAAGUCUUGAAAUAUGGUGCUCAAAUUGUUGACGCGUUAAGCAAUUAUAAGCAACCUGUAUUUGUGUACAUUAUCCCUAAUGGGGAACUCCGUGGUGGCGCCUGGGUCGUUGUUGACCCUACCAUUAACAAGGACAUGAUGGAAAUGUAUGCCGAUGUCAAUUCUAGAGGUGGUGUUUUGGAACCAGAAGGUAUUGUAGAAAUCAAGUACCGUAGACCUGCUUUAUUAGCCACCAUGGAACGUCUCGAUUCUACCUACGCUUCUCUGAAGAAACAAUUGUCGGAAGGCGACAAGACCGACGAAGAAAAGGCUGCUAUUAAGGCACAAAUUGAAACUCGCGAACAAGAGCUCCUUCCAGUAUACCAACAAAUCUCUGUUCAGUUUGCUGAUCUUCAUGAUCGCUCUGGUCGUAUGAAGGCAAAAGGUGUCAUCCGUAAAGCACUCGAAUGGCGAUCAGCUCGUCAAUAUUUCUACUGGCGUGUUCGCCGUCGUUUGUCCGAAGAAUACACUUUCCGCAAGAUUGUUGCCGCUACUAACUCAUCUAUGGACCGCACACAAAUGUCUAACCUUCUCAAACAAUGGUUCAAACAAGAUAAUGACACUAUUGAUUAUGAGCAAUCUGAUGAAGCCGUUGCUGAAUGGUUUGACAAACAUGCUAGUGACGUCGAUAACUACAUCAGCAAAUUAAAAAGCAAUACUACCAAGGAACAAAUUGCCUCUCUUGGCUCCAUUGAUCAAGAAGCAGUUAUUCAAGGUUUCAGUCAGUUCUUAGAAAGCUUGAGUAGUGAGGCUCGUGCCGAAAUUUUGAAGAAGCUUAACUCAUAA